AUGGAACCCAAUCAAAGCCGUGGUGGACUUGGCUCUUACUACCACUUCCAACAACCACCACCGCCACCACUACGACAACCACAACCGCAACCACAACCACAACCACAACCACCACCACAACCACCACCACCCCACCUCAACCCCAACCCCAACCCCAACCCCACCACCACCACCACCUCUGCCACCAACACUUCCCCCACAAAUGGAAUUCUACCAAACACCACAGACAGGGGUUCUCACACGCUGUCUUACUCUCACUCUGUCACCUCGGCGGUAGCCUCGCCAUUAGAGACCCUGCGGAGGAAGAGAGGGAGACCCAGAAAGUACGGCACGCCGGAGCAAGCUGCGGCGGCAAAGAGACUUUCCUCUUCGGCGUCAGCUUCCAUGCCGAUUUUGCCGCCCAAGAAGAAGGACCAACCCUUAGGCGGUGGAGGUGGUGUUUCUUCUUCCAAAAAAUCCCAGUUGGCUGCUCUUGGUGGCAGUGUGGCACAAGGUUUUACACCGCAUAUUAUAAAUGUGGCUGCUGGAGAGGAUGCAAUAAAUUCGGAGAAAUUGGCUUAUACAAAGUUUAAGCAAGCUUCCAAAAGGACUGUACUGUUAGAGCCUAGAGGUACUGAUCAGUCCUCAUUCUGUUUUGGCUCUUCUGAUGGAACUUCAUCUUAUAUGGAUGUGGGUCAGAAAAUCAUGUUGUACAUGCAACAAAGCAAGCAUGAAAUAUGUAUUCUCUCAGCAUCUGGUUCAAUUUCUAAUGCAUCUCUGCGCCAGCCAGCCACAUCUGGAGGCAACAUUACAUAUGAGGGACGAUUUGACAUCCUUUCACUCUCUGGAUCAUAUGUGCGUACUGAGCUUGGAGGGAGAACUGGAGGGCUCAGUGUAUGUCUGUCUUGUACUGAUGGCCAAAUCAUAGGAGGUGGAGUUGGCGGACCCCUGAUGGCUGCGGGCCCUGUUCAGGUAGCAUUUGUAUUGCACUCUAAACUGAAACUGAUGUAUCCUAGAACUUCAAUUCAUUGAUCUCUUUCAAGAUAAAAUCUACUACAAAAUGCUGAAAGCGGCACAGGCCGCAAAGACUUUGGGGAUUACAAUCUUCCAUAAUGAUGACUUUUUGGUGCGCGUGUGUAUACAGACGAGUGUGCUUUACUCUUUGGGUGUGCUAGUGUGUGUGCAUGUGCAUAUCAGAGAGAGGGAGAGAGCUCCUCAAAGAACUAAUUGCGCCAUUAUGGUGUUUUUGGUGCACGAGUAUCAUUAAACAACUAUAUAUGCCAUUCCAUUCAUUCUCAGUGAAUUGAGUAUCAUCAUGGCUCCAAGUAGAUAUUAUUGGCUAAUGGAAGAUCUUUGCCGUUGUUUACAGCUUAUUUUCGUCGCUUGUG